AUGAUAAUCUUAUUGCUGAUUUAAACAUGCUACAGUUCUAGUCUAUUUGACAUAUAAACUAAUAACAACAUUACAGAUCUAUUCACUAAAUGUAAAAUUCAAGGAGAGAAUUCAGACAAUCUAUUAUUUCAAUGUUCAUAAAUGAAUGCCAUAAUUUCUAAAUCACAAUUUAAUGAUGAGUUUAUCUAUGCAUAUUCCUUUAAUAAAACAGAGGAUGUAUAACUAAGCAAUAUGCUUCUUAGUGAAUUGCUUAUAGAUCCAGAAACUCUAUCCUAUCAAAUUAGAUUAUAAGUUUUAUAUCAUUCAUACUAUGGAGAUUUGUUGUAGAUGAUUUCAUCUCUUUCAAUUAAUAAAUAUUCAUUUUAUAAUUAUUAAGCAACUGUAAUUGAUGGAACUUUGAAUAUGAUUGGACUUUUAGGUAAUUAUAUUGAUUCUAAAUUUAGUGAGUCAUGUAAAUGAAUAGUAUUUUACAUGUUAUUUUAUACCAAUCCAUCCAAGUAGAGUUAAUUCUUUUCCAUUGAAAGCACUCAACUUUACUUGUGAUACUAUUUGUGAUAUCAAAGGAUUUUCACAAUAUUAUAAUAAACAAAGAAAUAGUCUAAUUAUAGUAAUUGCAGAAUAGAAUAUUUUAAAUCUAUUGGAGUAUUCUUUUUUAGAUUGGCAAAUGAGAUAUGUUUCAAAAUAUUAAAUAUCAAAAUUAAUUGAUUUAGAUGAGACAAUUUUGAAAAUAAAAUUAUAUGAAGAUUAUUUACUAGUUGAAUUAAAAACUUGUUAAGCAUUAUUUUCAAUCUCAUCAAUUAUUUUUGAAGUCAAACUCUUAAAAAUAUUCUCCAAAUCCCCUUUAUAUAUUGAUCAUAAUACUAAUUUAAUAUUUUAGAAAAUUAAUCAUUAAACUCAGAUUUUUUCUAUAGAAAAUAACACAAAUUGGUUCACUUAAAAAUAAGUUAUUUAAUUAAAGAUCUUAGAUGCUCCAUUUACUGAUUCCAUAAUUGUUUUAAAUUAUAGGUAAUUCAUUUUUAUUUAUGAUAACAUGGAAAUAUUAACAUUAUAAAUAGAUAUAUAAUAGAAUAAUAUUAAGACAAAAGAAGAUUGUAUAAACAAAUUUACAUAGUUUCCAUAUCCUGAUUAUUAAUCUUUAAAAUAUUAACUAGAAUUCUUAGGAGAAAAUUUAGAGUAAAAUUCUACUAAAAUUGCACCUCUUGAAGAAUUAUAAAAUUAUAAAUCUUGUCUCAUGCCUUGCAAUCUUUUAUAUUAUAAUUAUGAGAUCUCUUUGAUUCCAUAUGAAUAAUAAUGUAUAAGUUCUGAAUUAUUAUAAUAAUUUACUAAUUAUUGCAGUUUCUAAAGCAAUUGCUUAUAAUGUAAUAAUUAUAUAGGUUGUAAUUGGGAAAAUGAUUCUUGUCACAAAGAAACUCAAAUGUAUUAAAUUGAUUUAUCCUCAAAUGAAUAAAGUUCUAAAUGGUAUUAUGGUAAGCUAUGGAAAUGUGAGGAAAUGCAAUCAUAAUCCUUUGAAGUUUUUUGUGGUUAUAAUUAAACUGAAUUUUCAUAAAAGAAAGAGUUUAAUUAUUAAGGUUAAAUAAGAAAAGGAUAAAUUUGUUCGUGGUUUUUUGAUGCUGAAGAAAUUUAGUAAUUUAAUCUAUUUUUCAAGGCUGAUCUUAUGAAUAUAUCUUCUUAUAUUUAGGUAUCAAUUUGUUUAGGUUUAAAUAAAAAUGAUAUUUGCACACAAAUGAAUUUUGAACCAUGGGAUUUCAAUAAAACUACACUAUAUCCAUUCAAAGGUUAUUAUUUUAGAUAUACUAUAAUAUUUAUUGAAGAUAAUUUAGCUAAUAAUAUUUCGUUCUCUUUUUACAAUUCUCCUCCAAUAACAUUUGCUGAUCGACUCAAAUCAUCGUUUCUAUAGAUGUUGGUUUGGCUCUUAUGCGGAAUAUUACUAUUUUGUAUUAUGGGUUACAUGGCUAAAAGAAGACUAUAAUAUUUGGUAGCUUAAACAAUGGAAAAUGAACUAAUUUAAGUAAUUGUUUGUAGUAUUCAUUUUAGAUGGCUCCUUAUUUAUAAAAUUAGGUUCCUUUAUCUGAUAGCAGAUUGAAAACUGUAAUAUAGAAUUUAAUUGAUUAAGAUAUUAUAACAAAAUAUCCAUCUGAUCCUUCAUUAUUAUUAUAUGGAGAGGACUAGUGUACAUUUUGCUUUGAUUAAUUUGAUGUUUCCUAAUUUGUUGCUUAAUUAUUUUGUGGACAUGUUUAUCAUUAUGAUUGUUUUGAGGAUUGGAUUAGAAUCAAAGGGUUUUUUGAUAAAUGUCCAAUUUGCAAUUAGAAAGCAGAACAUUUUUUAGCCAACAGAGAAGAAUAUGCAAUUAUUAAAUCACAAAUUUUGGGUAGAAUAAAUGAGUCGGAUAAUCAUACUUCUCAUUUAAUUAAAUGAC